ACAACAACAUUUGUUUAUUUGUCUCCUUUGUUCUCCCAGACAGCUCUCUCUCUCUCUGUCUGUCUACAACACAGAUAGCCAACACCACCCACUCUCUUCCUCCAUUCUUCCCUCUCCAUCAUCACUGACUGGAGAGUGGUGGUGGUGGUGGUGGAAGAACCUAUCAAAUCCACAAUCAUCAUGUCUCAGGGUUCAGGAAAUGGCGUCGAUUUCGACCUCCCCGACGAGAUUCUCUCGGUUAUUCCGACCGACCCGUAUCAGCAGCUGGAUCUCGCUCGCAAGAUUACCUCCAUGGCCAUCGCUUCCCGUGUCUCCUCUCUUGAGUCCGACACCACGCGCCUCCGCCAGAAGCUCCUUGAGAAGGACCGCCUCAUCGUCGACCUUGAGGACCGUGUCUCCUCCCUCACCCGCGCCUCUCACAACGCUCACUCCGCCCUCAACACUGCCAUAGAAGAAAAUGUAAAGCUUUCCAAGGAGAGGGAUGAAUUAGCAGCAACAGUGAAGAAGCUAAGUCGAGACUUUGCAAAGUUGGAGACAUUUAAAAAACAACUGAUGCAGUCGCUAGCUGAUGACAAUCCAUCUCAAGCUGAAACUGUAGAUAUCCGAACCUGUGACCAGUCAGUUCCAAAGGCAUAUCCUGAUAAGGAUGAUGAUGGGAGUGGAUAUACGACUCAUCAUUCAUACAGUGGCCCUGCAGAUGUGGGUAAAACAAUUGAUGAAGCAACCAAGUAUUCAGGGCAAAGGUUUUCUAUGACCCCAUUUAUCACACCACGUCUUACCCCAACUGGAACUCCAAAAGUGAUCUCAACGGCUGGGUCUCCAAGAGGAUAUUCUGCUGCUGGAUCACCCAAAACUUCUGGGGCCACCUCUCCCACAAAACUUCCAUAUGAUGGACGGUCAUCUCUCUCAUGGUAUUCAUCAAGUCAGCAGUCAUCGGCUGCAAACUCUCCGCCUCGGGGACGAUCAAUUCCAGGUCGUACUCCAAAGAUUGAUGGAAAGGAAUUUUUUCGUCAAGCCAGGAGUCGCCUUUCAUAUGAGCAGUUCAGUGCGUUCCUUGCUAACAUCAAGGAAUUAAAUGCUCAAAAGCAAACGCGAGAGGAAACUUUAAGAAAAGCAGAUGAGAUAUUUGGGUCAGAUAACAAAGAUCUUUACCUAUCUUUUCAAGGAUUGCUUAACCGGAAUGUACGCUAGUUCUGAAAGCAGUGUUUCCUGGAAUUGUAUGAGUUGGUUACUAACCCAACUCAUCUUUCUUGGACUGAUGAUUUGACUCAUUCCUCUUUGAUCCAUUGGAUCAAAAUCCAUUUUAAGCCCUGAUAUGAGCCAUUGAAUUUGAGAAUAUAUACUGGCUUUUUUCCUCUUAAUCUUUUUUUAUUCCCUGUUGCAUGCUGUGUGUAUAGAAACUCAUUAUUUUCUGAAUGACAUGCCCAACAAGCUAAAAUGCUGAUUGAAUUUCGGAAGAUUAUGGUUUCUUGUACUAGUGUCAGGUGUGUAAUGGGAACCUUUUUUAGAUGAAUUUGACAACUCUCUGUUGUCUGUGAUGUGCAGUCAGAGAAAUGGUCUGAAUGUUUAGUGGCAAUGGCGGUUGGUGCAAAAACUAAGUUAUGUCCAAGUGAAAACAAAA